AACAAACCUGUACGUGUCACUGUUGAUGUGAAGAAGCGUCACUCCUGAUGUCAAUUCUUGAACGUGUGAGGUGAAAAACAAUCAAGAGGCUUGACUAGGCACAGUAUUGUAUAUAAUUUCCAUGCGCAAGUUGAGGCAAAUAUGUCAAACAGGGUUAGGAAUGCGGAAAUACUGACCGCAGAGGUGGGUUUAGCCUGCGACUGAGCUUCGUAGGUGGUACUGACAUGUUUGAUGAGGAGGCCACUGAGAAUAAGCUGAAGCUGUAUUCACACUGGAUAAGCUCCUGUUCCUUCCGAGUCCGAUUUGCUCUCAACCUCAAAGGACUACCUUACGAUUAUCAAAUAGUCACCACAUUUUCUGAUCCCGAGUUUCUCAAGCUCAACCCUAUUGGAUUUGUCCCUGUGCUGGUGGAUGGCGAUUCAGUAAUUGCUGACUCUUUUGCCAUUAUUAUGUACUUGGAGGAUAAGUAUCCUCACCCUCCUUUGCUUCCUCAUGACAUUCUCAAAAGAGCAAUCAAUUUCCAGGCUGUCACCAUUGUUUCCUCAUCUAUACAACCUUUUCAAAACUAUACUGUUGUGAAGUAUAUAGGGGAAAAAAUCGGCCCUGAUGAAAAACUUCCUUGGACCCAACGUGUAAUAGGAAAAGGCUUUACGGCACUUGAAAAACUGUUGAAAAACCAUGCAGGAAGAUAUGCAACUGGAGAUCAAAUUUUCCUGGCAGAUAUGUUUUUAGCACCUCAGUUAGAUGCAGCAAUUAGGAGAUUCAACGUUGACAUGAAGGAAUUCCCUACUCUAUCAAGAUUACAUGAGGCAUAUAAUGAAAUCCCAGCAUUUCGGGAGGCUUUGCCAGAGAACCAACCAGAUGCAGUUCAUUAGUUGAACCAAUAAUUUGGGAAUGGUUGGAAAUAUUGCAGAAGCAGCCACUGAUUCAGCGGUGUUAUUAGUACUCUUGCAAUAGAGUUGUUAGAUACAAUAGGAGGAACAGUUGAUGAAAGUGAUUUAGUUUGUAUGGUUAAAAAUCCU